UUGGGAUUUCCAUAACACGCACUGAAUGGUCACAUUUGCGACACAAUAUUUUGCAAAUAAACUAGAAAUAGAUAAAUUAAACUAAAAACUUACGGUUAAAAGAAUGGGCGUCACUGUCUUGCAACCGUAUCCUUUGCCCGAAGGAAAAUCAGGGGCGCAUAUAAUCGAUCAGCUGAGCAAACGUCUGCUUGCACUUGGCGCUACACAUGCCGGUCAAUUUUUGGUUGACUGCGAAACGUUCAUCUCGACGCCGCAGCCACAUAAUGGCGCACCAGGACGUGCCGUCCAUGUUCUGCACAACUCUGAAUAUCCCGCCUCCACGUUCUCCAUCAUCGACAAUGGUACCGGCAAACAGGUGGCUCUCGUCGCCGACAACAUCUUCGAUCUGCUUAUGCUCAAGAUGACCAACACCUUUACCUCUAAGAAACAGACUAAAAUCGAAUCCCGUGGAGCUCGUUUCGAGUAUGGUGAUUUUGUUAUCAAACUGGGAUCUGUCACAAUGAUGGAACACUUUAAAGGAAUUCUCAUUGAGAUCGAGUACAAGGCGUGUGUAAUACUGGCCUACUGCUGGGAGAUGAUCCGUGAGGUGUUGCAGGGUUUUCUAGGCAUUAGUGUGCCAAAGGACUUUCCUUCGUAUUUCGCCCCUCAGACGAUAAUGACAGCGAUGGGCCAGCAACAGCUGCAUGCGAAGCACAACGACAUCUACGAGCCAAUGGACACGGUGAAACAAUACCUAGAGCAGUUCACCAGCUAUAGGAAACAUGUACUUGGGAGUAUGGGCAGUGGUCCUGGAGGGCCACAAGUGGGUCCACCUGUACAUAUGUCGCCCUCGGUGGUGGGCCUGAAUCGACCCUGAUCCGCUGACGUUAAGCUGGAGCCACCGGAUGGACCAGUAGCCGAUUAAGCUGGAUAAUUCAGAUAUUUGUCAUUAAUUCAGUCAAAGAUUUAAAGGUGUUCUUGUAUGUUUCAGAAUCUUUCAGUAUUCAUUGCAAAAUUAAAUUAAAAAUAUUUAAUCCGGCUUACCUUGUCCAAUGUUAUACGUACAUAUAUGCUUUGAAAAUGUAGAUUUCUGUAACAAUACGAUUUUGAAACAUUCUGAACCGUAAAUCUUUGGGUAUUUUAGAAGUUUCUUAGAUUUAUUUUAUAACAUAUUUAUAAAUUUUAUUUGCUCGUGUAUAAUUAAAGUAAAUUGAACUCGCCUUUUUUUCAUAGAAUGUAAAUAGGCUUAACGAUCGGACGAAUGUAAAUCUUUUUAUUUAAUUUUAGAAAGAUCUUUUCAGGAAAUACGAAUAAACACAAACAAAUUGAA